GCGCGCACCCUAGGUAGCCGCACGCGCCGAGAUAUCACGGAGACGACGCGAUGCUUCGCACGAUCGCGAGAAACAACGAGCUCGCGCGGAGGACCCUCCUCGCGCGCGUCGCGGGGGCGUCGCAGCAGUCUCGGACGUUCAUCUCGUUCGACGCCAAGUACAGCGACGAGAUGCCGCUCGGGGACGCGGCGACGAGAAUUGGCGCGUCUUUCGGCCCCGCGCUGGACAUGAUCGCGGAGGCGCAGCGCAAGCGCGAGCCGGUCGCGAAGAAGGAGGACACGAUCUACGUUCCCGAACUCCCACACAUUUUCCCGAUAGCGCGCUUGGCGGCGAAGAGCGAGUUCGUGAGAGACGUCCUCGUCGUGGACGAGUCGAAGAGGGUCAAGCCGCGGCUGUCGUGGUACGAUCCGUACGACACGUCCUGGGUCCCGACCGGGUGGUUCAAGGACGGCGUCGUCGCGGACGUGGAGUACUACUUCGGGGACAAGGCUGUGAAGGUCGGAUCGAAGUGAGGGGAGCCGACACGAGGGAAUGAAGGUCAUCUGGGACGUCGUCGGCGCCGCGCGCGCUUUGUUGUACCACCGAGGGAUAUUGAUAAAGAAGAAAAAGCGCCGCGAUUCGACGACGGGGGGAACGCGACUGUUAUACCAUCACGCCGCUGACGCGCACUAAUAACGACCCAAACGCGCGGUCUGUUGUAAAAGAAUAAUACUACGUACAAGUC